ACGUCAUCAAACCCAUCGCCAUCUUGCCCAUUCAUUGCUCUCUGCCGAUGUCUGCACCAGUGCCGUCGAACCCGAAGAGUUGAAUGUUGCACGCGAAUUAGGCAGUUUUGUGAAUUAUUUAACGGUAAUUAAAAUAUUAGUAGAGUCGAUAUUAAUUACAAUGGCGAACUUUGACCAGUUUCAGCCUGAUUCCACUCAGGGAUUUGAAGGAGAUUACGACAACGAUAAUGAUUUCGAGAGGGUAGAUGCAGACAGACCCCUCGCAAUGAGCGACAACCCGGAGGAGGAUCGCUAUGCAUCCGAGCAACCGGAGGCGCAGGUUCCCACGGCAGAUUUGUUGGGUUCUUUCGGCUUCGGGGAUGGUCCAGCGGCCGCGCCCGCAGCACCGGACUAUUCCAGCCCAGGAGCUGACGACUUUGGCGGUUUUGUUGAAGAUCCUAGUGUUCCUGAUACGACCGGCUCAGGAUCUCUGGGAGAUUUUGAUCAUCUUCAAGAAAUCAAACCCAAAGAGAAGGUGGAAGAGCCAAAGCCAGUUUCACAACCACCAAAACCAGCUCCUGCAGCUACACCAACUGCAACAUCAAUUGCAGAGAAGCCAACACCAAGCCCAAGAUCACAGGCAUCGCCGUCAGUAGGUUCCUUGAUUGAUCUCUCCAAGCUCGACCCAAGAGUUGUGGACCUGGUUUACUGGAGGGAUCUCAAGAAGUCCGGAGUGGUCUUUGGCAGUAUGCUCUUCGUGUUGAUCGCCCUGAGUCUCUUCUCCUUCAUCAGUGUGCUGGCCUACCUACUCCUAGCUGCACUCACUGUCACCAUCAGCUUCAGAGUCUACAAGACUGUUCUGGCCGCCGUGCAGAAGAGCGAUGAAGGAAGCCCGUUUAAGCCCUACCUAGAGAUUGAUGUAACUCUGUCAGAGGACCAGAUUGAGUCGUACAGCAAGAAAGCUGUGCAGAAGAUCAAUGUGUGCAUCACAUCACUCCGACACCUGCUCCUGGUGGAGGAUCUGGUUGACUCCAUUAAGUUUGCUGUUGGUUUGUGGCUUCUCACCUAUGUUGGUGCUUGGUUCAAUGGACUCACUCUCAUCAUCCUUGCCUACAUUGGACUCUUUUCUAUGCCUGUCGUCUAUGAGAAGUACCAGGCUCAGAUUGAUGAUGCUGUAGGAAAGGCACAAGAGCAGAUCAACACGGCUCUUACCAACAUCAAGACCAAGAUUCCAUGGCUCAAGAAGAAAGAGGACUAAAAAGCUCAAGUUUGUUGAAUAGAAGAAGAAAUCUAGACCUGUGUGGCAGAAGAGAGCUAUCCUAGCACACCAUAUAACAAGAAGUCAUUAUAUCACAACAUGCCGUUAGUCCCAUGUUCAUGAAACUCCCAACCAACCAAUGAAUCACAAAGAUCUCUUGCCUAUUAUCCACAUUAUAUCACAACAUGCCGUUAAUCUUAUGUACAUGAAAUUCCCAACCAAUGGAUCACAAAGAUCUCUUGCCAGUUAUACACGUUGAAUGGAAUGCUGUGCCAUAGUAUUAAAGACAAUUAUAACUUAUCUAAAGCUAACCCUAACCCACUUCUGAAACACACAGUAUAAAAAUUGUGUCAAAUUAUAUAUGAGCUACAAGUACAGUGCAAAACAGAUUGAAAGUAACAGUUUUAUGUCGAUGUCAACUUUCAUUCUGAGAUGUAAUUUGGGACAUGAGUAAAGAGCAAUGGAUUAUGCAGAGAUUUCUUUGAUAAAGUAUAGAAGUUACAUGUUUGUUCAUACUGAAUAUGGCAAGCAGGUAAUAUGAGAUCAAUGAUAAGAAUCUUGUUUUAUCAGCCUAAUCUUGUUAUUUAACAUGCUUUUACUGCUCCUAACACAUACAAACUAACAUCCUCCUCCCGGCAUGACUGCUGUUAUAGCGCAAAGUUGGUAAUAGUUUUCGGGACCGGAAAGUGAAUACUUGCAUCGGAGCAGCCCAUGUGUAUAAAUGGUAUUCGCCAAACCAAACAGCAAAGAUUCUUUCGGAAUGCAUAACUCUGUUUGUGUUUGCACCUCUGCCGUUGGUUUGCAUAAGGCUAAAUUUCAUCACCAGAACAAGUUUAUAUCUCAGUUCAAUAAUUUGAUUAUUGUGGCUCCUUGUCAGUUGAUGUUGCUAUUUUGAUAGCGAGAGUAGCUUCAUCAGAUGAUUUGCUUUGAGAGGAGGGAUUUGAAUUGUUACUUGUGUGGACUGACAGGUUUUGUUUGAUAAUGUAUACGCACAUGUACAUCAUUUUGUAUUGAUUUUUCAUAAGGGGUUUCUUGACACUUAUUUGGAAUUUGAUUCAAGUUUUGUCCGAUUCAUCAGCUUUUUUAUAUAAUUUUAAGACAAUUCAUGAAUUUAAAUUGCUUAAAGCAAAUCAAACAUUAUGUAGUUUUUGAUGAUUUAAAAAAAGUUAGAUAAACAUGUUUAUUUAAUUAACCUCUUUCAACAUUGAAAUAAAACAGGAAUUAUAGUGAUGUUUCAGUUGAAAUAACUUUUCAGCAACAAUUGAUUUAUACUAAUGAGUCAUGAUGGAAUGAUUUAGUCUUUAUAAUAGUUUACAAAGAGAGUCUGAUGAAGUUAUCUGUCUGGUUUCUUGAUUGAUGACUGAUAUUACAAAAACAAUAGGUGGUAUGAUGUAAAUAAACUUCAUGUUUCCUUUAAAAGUGAUUUAAUCCCUUAAAAUGUAGCAUUGAUUAAUUUCUUCAUGGAGCUUUUGCUAAUGGCUAACAGAGGUCAAUCAUUAUCAGUAUGAAGAAAAGGGUAGGAGAAUAUUGAGUUCCCUUUUCGGAUGGUUUCCAUGAUCUACGUUUUGAGGAAGGUUGUACUUAAUCUACUUAAACUUUUCUUCUUAAAGGUAAUCUGGGGUACUUGCAGUAAAACUGCAUUUCAUGAGUAAACAUGAAAGGUUAUUCUCAGUGUGCAUUGAUCAUGUAUUAAAGGGAUCCAGAUGUAUUGUUGGGUCAUUUAGAUCAGCAAAAUAUAAAUGAAUAUAAAUAAAAAGAUUGAAAACAUGCAUACACCAAAACAAAAUUGCAUUGUAUAUAUGCUCAUAUGGGACAGUAUAUAGUACUUAUUGGUCAUGAUCUGUCAUGAGCCUUACAGACUCACACUAUUCCAGAUUUAUUUGGUUUAUGAAUUCGGAAUCACAACUUUUUGUUGAAUUCAUUUGGCGGAUAUUGUAUAUGUAGUACAAUUUGGUGGAAAAUUUUGUUGGAAUAUGUUGAAAUGAUUUCUCCAUACCUACUUAUUUCUUGAACUCUUUGAUUACCUUUAGGCUUAGGAACUAGUUGAUUCACAGUAUCGUUUAUUAUGGUGUACAGUGCAAUGCAAGACCUUUAGUCAACAUGUAAAUUAGUUUUCAAUGUAAAUUGAGAUACCUAGCUUUUCACUUUGAUUCAAUUAGAUAUGUAUGCAUAGAAUGAAAUUCAAUUCAUGUAGUUCAGUUGACGAGUAGUGUAUAGUGUAUGAUAUGCUUUUAGCUCGAGUGAUCUGUAGCGGAACUCAUUAAGCAACUUCACAGAUAUAUUGUAUAAUUGAUAAUUGUACAUUGUAUCAUAAGUGAAUUGAUGAAAUAAUAUAACUCUCUGCUGUCAAGUGUAUUCCCUUGUGUUGAAAAUGUUUGGUUACAAAGUGUUUGUGUAAUUCCAGUCAAACUGUACAAUGCUCAUCAAAGUUAUGUGUAAUUAAUGAAUCAACAUUUGCGGUCUUAUUAUCGUUACAUGAAAAUCACUUCUCUGGCACUAGAACAGAUUGUAUUGAUGGAAGGGGGUGGGGUACCUCACAUUUCAAAUUUGUAUGUGUGCUUUAGACAGUAAAUACUAAAUUCUUUUGAUAAAUUGAAUGUAUAUGUCAUUCACUGCUUUGUCAACUUCCAUUUGCUUGUUAAAAUUAAUCUUUCAUUUUUAAGAAAAGUGUCAUUAUUUGCGUGUGGAGUGUAUGUUUUAGUGAUUUGUUCAGAAUAUGAGAAGAUUCUAAUAUAGCCCAGUAUGUAUUGAAGAGCUUUUUCGUACCAUGUUUACAACUAAUUGACUUUUGGAAGUGCCAUUUAUUGGACAAUCUUAAGAUGCUUAGAUAUGGUUUAAAUACAUGCAGUAUUUCUCAUUGUAUAAUUAAGUAUAGGGCUUUUAUUUCUCGCUGAUAAUGCCAGUAGGAGUGGUAUAAUCACAUCAGUAAUGUGAUGUGGCAGUGUACAUUUCUUUACUAUUGUAAUUUUUGUUUCUAUCUUUGCUGAAAUGAUACUUUUGUUUUUAAUUUUGCUGUAAAAACUGAGGUAUUUCUCUUGCCCCUGAACUUAAUUUUUUUCUUCUUCUGGAACCCGACAAUCUUUGAAAGAAACUUUUGGAAAAAAAUUGGCUUUAUUUGCAAUGUGCUUAAUGUGUAUUAAAGCAUUGCAAAAUGAAAUCAAUCAAUAAAAAAAUGCAUUGUUCGUUCAAUGUGCCCUCAA